AUGGGGAACAUUUUUGGCAACCUCUUGAAGAGUCUUAUUGGGAAAAAGGAGAUGCGGAUUUUGAUGGUUGGCCUGGAUGCCGCUGGGAAAACAACAAUCCUGUACAAACUGAAACUCGGAGAGAUAGUAACAACCAUUCCCACUAUUGGGUUCAAUGUGGAGACGGUGGAGUACAAAAAUAUCAGCUUCACUGUGUGGGAUGUGGGCGGCCAGGACAAGAUCAGGCCCCUGUGGAGGCACUAUUUCCAGAACACCCAGGGUCUGAUAUUCGUGGUGGACAGUAAUGAUCGUGAGCGGGUGAACGAGGCCAGAGAGGAGCUGAUGAGGAUGCUGGCUGAGGACGAGCUGAGAGAUGCUGUGCUGCUCGUCUUUGCCAACAAACAGGACCUGCCCAACGCCAUGAAUGCUGCCGAGAUCACGGAUAAACUUGGCCUUCACUCGCUGCGCCACCGUAACUGGUACAUCCAGGCUACCUGUGCUACCAGCGGUGACGGGCUUUACGAAGGCCUGGACUGGCUGGCCAACCAGCUCAAGAAUAAGAAAUGA